AAAGUUUGCAAUGUUUACAAAAAACCUAAGGCAUUUAACGGCAUUUAUUGUGCCGCAAAAUGUUCGCACCUGUGCUUGGCAAUUGAAAACAGUGUCCGCGGCGCUGCAACAACAAGUAGCAGCGCAGCCUACAACAACAGCGACGGCCGCACUUUGGUUGCAACAGGCGCGCUGUUAUGCAAAAGGCAAGGAUAAGAAGAAGGAGAAGAGUGGCAAAGGAAAGCCGGCAAAAGUGGAAAUAAAUGAGCAGCAACUGCGCGAAAUCAUCAAUUUGGAUAGCCUUAAUACACAAAUGCAAAAGUCGGUGCAGCAAAUGAAGGACGACUUCAUAAAACAUCUAUCGUUGCGCUCCACAAGCGGUGCAAUAGACACGUUACGCAUUAAGGUCGAUGGAACGGAGCACGAGUUACAAGAAUUGGCGCAAAUAUCACGCAAGAAUCCAAAAACCAUCAUAGUCAAUAUGAUUGCCUUUCCACAAACCAUACCGGAUGUCCUCAAGGCACUGGAGAAGAGUGGUAUGAACUUAAAUCCACAACAGGAUGGCACCACGCUCUUCAUACCCAUACCCAAGGUGACGAAGGAGCAUCGUGAAAAUCUGUCCAAAAAUGCAAAGGCUUUGUUUAUCAAAUAUCGCGACGCCAUACGUGAUGUACAGAAUAGUCAGAUACGGAAGCUUAAGAAACAGGCGGAUAUUGGAAAGGAUGACGCAUUCGCUGCCCAGAACCAGAUCGCUGCCAUAGCUGACCAAUAUAUUGCCGAAGCAGACAAGCUGUUGGCCAGCAAGCAAAAGGAACUUUUGGGCGAUGCUUAAGACUGAGAAUUUACAGCACUCAUUUAUACACACACAUAUAUGUUUUAGAGUUCCAAAUAAAAGCAACACUCGAUAUUUCUGAAAA